CAGCCCCAGCGCCUCGGCGGGGCCGGAUGGGACCCGUCCCCGGAGCCGCCGGGAUGUCCUAGACGGGAGUGGGGGCUCGGGGCCCAUUUCCCUGGGGCCCGGAUCCGGCCGCUCGCAGUGGUCUCCUGCCCCCUCGCGCCCCGUGGGCAUGAGGGGUGGGUUCGCGCCCCGGCGGUGGCGGCGUUGUGAUGGUGGGUGGCAGGAUCCCUGUGUGACGGGCAGCACCUUGGGUCCGACGGGAGCCAUGCGAGCAUCUCUUUGCUGUUAAAUAAUAGAGGGGAUGAUCGCCCGGAGCGUUUACACUGUAAUUAGGCUUGGCAGAAUUCGAUUUGUAGUUAUCGCUUCAGCAAUCGCUGGUUUAUUUAUACGCAUUUUUUUUAUCAGUUCAGAUUGUCUCAAUUGCAGAAAAUUAUGGGUUUUUAAUUUUGUUUUAGAUUAUUUAAAUUUUCACAGUUGCAGGAAAUUAUGCUGGGGUCAGACAAACAAUGGCAGUAGAAGUUGAUUCAAAAACUUAAAGCUUGGUAACCAUUGAAACACAAAUUGUCAGCAUCACAGGUCAAAAUAUACGAAGUAAUCUUCUUAAAUCAAACUUAAGUUCUCAAGCAGCAUUUUUCAUAUGCUAUCUGUAAAGUUUGAUUGUUGAUGGAAAUUUGUUUGGUCAGUUUGUAUGUGUACAGUGAAAUCAGAGUGGAUUUUUACUUAGUAAAAAGAAAAACAUUGAUUUUUAUCCACCCUGAGUGGAAUCAAUGUUUACCAGUAAAAAUGUAAUCCUUCCAAGCCCAGCAACUAGCUUUUAAAUAGCACUUUUCAUUAGUAGAUCUCAAAACACUUUAUAAAGGUCAAUAUCUCCAUGUUACAGAUGGAGGAACUAAAUCAGAGUCAUUUACACAUGCACACACAGAGGCUAAACUGGAACAGAAUCCAGGUAUCCUGAGUCCCAGUCCAGGGCCCUAUCCUCUAGGCUAUUUCCAUAAAGCUCCUUGUGCAGAGAUGCGAUUCCUGGAUAUGUCACUUUAUUCCAGAAUAAUUAGUAUGCUCAAAGUGCACCAACUAUUCUGGAAUAAUGUGUCCACACAGAAAGCUAUUCCAGUCAAUUUCCCCAUGUAGAGAAGUCAUAGUUCUUUGCUGUUAUGGUUGUAAAAAAACCAUAACCUGGAUGUAACUAUACAGUGUACAAGAUAAAUAAUAAUGUGUGACUGAGUUUGUAGGGAGCCUGACAUUUAUAGCUCUGAUGUGUCAACUGCCCCACUUAUUUCAGUGGGUGCUAACUCAGAUACUAAUAACUAAUUAACUGUUGAAAUUUAAAAUAUCUCACUGCUCAGAACAUGUAAGAAUGAGGAGGAAGUAUGCUACUAUCAGAGCUGUCCCUUGGGUAGGGCGAAUCGGGACAACAGCUCCGGGCCCUGCACUUUGGGGGGCCCCCUGCGAUUGGCCGGCGCAAUCAGUCACAGAAGACAAGGUGCAGCAAAUUCCCAGUUCCGGCCAGAGCCCUGAGCCGCUAUGGCCAACAAUAGCUCCGCAGUAGGCACCGGCAACUGCCAGCAGCAGCAGGUGGCCCAGCACCAGGCCGGAUCCGUCCUGCCAUACAAGCUGCUGAUGCAGAGUGGGGCCCCCAAGCCUGCGGGGGUGGAUUUGCAGUGGUGCUAGAACAUUUUUAAUAGUGGCGGUGCUGAAAGCCAUCCACCACCACCACCCUCCAGCUGAGGCAGGGAGCAGAGCCCCAGGCGUGUGAGGCUGGCAGCUGGGAUCCUGGGGGUGCUGCAGCACCCUAUGCACACCUAGUUCCCACCCCUAUGCUGAUUUGUCCUGUGCCCUGCACCCCCCUAGGGAUGGCCCUGGCUACUGUGAUGAUAAACGCAACUUAGGUUAUGUCUGCACUUAAACAGGCCACAAAACUUCAUCCACCCACUCAUAUAAGGGACCACUAGCCUCUGGCUGAGUUACUAAAGUCCUCAAAUCACUGUUUAAAGACUUCAUGUUACAGAGAAUCCACCAUUUACACUAGUUUAAACCUGCAAGUGACCCAGACUCCAGGCUGUAGAGAAUGGCAGAAAAACCGUGGGAUUCCUUUUGCCUAUCUCACCCCUGGGGGAAAUUCCUUUCUGACCCCAAAUGUGGCGAUCAGUUAGACCCUGAGCAUGUCGGCAAGACCCAGCUAGACACCUGUGAAAGAAUGUUUGGUACCAAGUUUUACAGAAAAUCAUAGUGCUGAACUGAUGGAAGCUACUGGCUAAGCACGUGGAAUGGGAGUUUAUUGAAGUGCUAAACCAACUUUUGACAGCUGUAGUCUCUGUUUUCUUCAUUUCAGUUUAUUGAACUAGGUCAGUUCAACGAUGAGUUCAUUGAAAGUUAAGGAACCUUUUCUUUUCCAAUCUAUGAAUAAAAACAAGGCGGGAGGAUAAGAUCUAGUUCUAAAAUCUUGAAGGACAUAGUGACCAGAAACAAUCAGUUUAAUUCAUUAACUACAGAUAGUUCUUCCUUUAUUUAAUAAAUAAGUUUUCAAUGCAAAACAGUUUUGAUGAAAAAUUUCGUUGUGUCCUGAACACUUACGGUAGUUUUAUUUAAUAAAAACAUGUAAAAUGCUGGGUUUGUGCAUUUUUAAUUGUAUUGAAUUUCCAUCCAAAUAGAACUUGACACAAUCACAAGUAAAAAUGUAUCAUCUAGUAAAUAAGAAAUGCAUCAUUCACCAUUUUCUGACAUAAUAAAUGUAAAAAUUAAGCUCUAUAAUUGCUUAAAUAAAUGCAUAUAGAUAUAGUGAAUCCUCCCGGUUAGCAAAAAGAAGUACCAAAUUUAAUGUGAAGGCUGUAUUUAGUUGCAAAUCAACAUGUUUUAAUGGUUACCAACCAUUGAGAAUCAACUUUCUUUAGGAAAAUAACUAAAGUACAAAUACAAAUAUGAUUUAAAAAUUUGUGAUCUAAAUCAAUCCAUUGUGGUAGGGCUCCGUGUGAGUGCAGGAAGGAGUAUGCUUGUGGUAAGCCUGUUGCAGUAUUGGGACCACAUUGGUUAAAAUACUUGCAAGCAGAUCUGUGCUAGGAUUCCUGUCAUUGCUAAGCCUCACCUAUAAGAGCAAUGGUGGGACACCUUAAUGCAAAAAAGCAGAAUCUUGUACAGAGAAGACCCUUGGCCUAAAUGAUUCUUCCCAUUAUCCACUUAAACUCUGCUGCCUUUUUAAACCUCUUAUAGGGACGCACUUGUCUCUUAUAGCUGGCCUAAUCACAGACUUGAACUGAAAUAACUACAUUGGUUUUAAUUCACACCUUAAAUUAAAUUAAAUUUGAAAUGAGAGAGUUCAUGCAUAGACUGGCCCUGAAAUAACUAAAGGUGUGAAUUAUAAUAGAUGUAAUAGUUGAACAUCACUAACACCUGCAACUAAAUCCAAUCUCUUAACUUCUCUUCAGUGCCUAAUCCAGGGAAAAAGGUAAAUUACUUUUAACACUACUCAAAAUUACUUUGAAUUCCUUUUAACUACUAUUUGACUGACAUUUCUGUAGGCUACAACACGCUACAGUGCAUACACAGUUAUGCAAAUCAGCCUGCCAGUGCUUCCAGGUUUAUUUAACUGACGUCCUAUUUUUCGUAAUCUUUUUUUAUUUUGAUUUAAAGCAGCCAGUCCUGGGUAUGUAUGUUUGCAUUCCUGCAGAUGUAAAUGCCACCAGUCUGUAUCCUCAGCAGUAUUAACGAAUGGCAUUUUGUGCGUGUGUGUGCUCAUGUGGGGCUAUUUUAUAGAAAAGCAGAAGAAUAUCUGCGACUGUCCCAGGUGAAGUGCACAGGAUUAUUGGCUCAGAUGACAGCAACAAGCAAUGCGGUGAUGUGCCUGGACCUAGCAGCUGGCUAUAUGCAACACCCAGUGGACAAAAGCUACUUAGUUAAACUCUCCGGUUUGAACAAGAGGACUUACCAGAGCUGUCUGAAGUCUUUUGAGUGUUUGCUAGGUUUGAACUCUAAUCUGGGAAUCCGAGAUUUGGCUGUACAGUUCUGCUGCAUGGAGGCAGUGAACACCGCUUCAAAAAUAUUACAAAGGUAUGAAUCCAGUCUCUCUGAAAUGCAGCAGAUGGAUCUUGAUUUAUCAAAACCCUUGUUCACAACAGCUGCAUUGUUCACAGCCUGCAGGUGCUUGAAACUAAAAGUGGAUAAGAAGAAAAUGGUGGAUACCUCUGGGGUGAAGAAGGCAAUAUUUGAUCGGCUCUGCAGCCAGCUGGAGACAAUUGGCCAGCAGAUCAGCAGAGACUGUGCUUCACUGACACCUCAGCCAACCCAAAGCCAAAAGACUUUGCUUGAAUGCAUUGAAAAGGAAGAAGAACAUGAGGAUGAAGUUGAGACCCCUCGCAAGCGGCAGAAAAGUGAAACCGAAGCAAAACAAGAUUAUGAAGAAUGGAAACAGAGAAUCCUGGAAAAUGCUACUAAGGCAAAAGGGGCCAAUGUCUGACUUCAGUCUCUGGAGUGCCACCAAACACUGUCACUGCCUCUGGUUUAUAAUUUUAAAUCCCCCUUCACACUAGUGCAACUUGGUAGCAAGUGAAUUUAUGGAUGGUAACCAGCAAUUCUUAUUUAUUUGACUGGCAAGAUUUUAAAUUGUUAAGCCUGUCAUUUUACUAAGUGGGACCAGCAUUAUUGUGACACGCUAUUACUACACAGUUGGCCAAAGUUUGAAAAUUGACCCUGUGAUGCCUUCCCCUCGGACCAGUGCAGACCUCAGCUCUAGGACAUGGAUAGCCUUGCUACUUUUAAGCAACAAACAGGCCAAAUAAUGGUGCGGUAUUAAGUGAUCUCUGAGAAGGUUGCACACUCUUGUAUUCCACAUUGAAGCUUAAGUCAUGGUUACUAAGCUAUAUGGAAAGGGUCCGUCCAUGAGGAAACAAUUUGUGUCAUCGGCAAAACAAAACUGAGGAAUUGAGACUGUUAAAACUUUUUUAUAGCCAUAAUAUCUGAUUAAAUAAAUUUUCUGCUGUGUAUGUGGGACCUAAAUGCUUUUAGAAAGCAAUAAAGAUUCUUUUU